AGGUGAGGCUGCCCCCGACGUUGGGUCGCCGGCAGCUGAGUGGCGACCGGAGCUUUGCACAGGUGUUCGCGAGAGACGUGAUGUUGUGGUGAGGUGGAGUCGCAGGAGCAAGCGGAGUGAGCAGGGGCGCCGCCCCUCCCCCUACACAGCACAGGAGCGUUGACCCGAGCACCAUGUGGCCCUCCACAGUGGCCCUGAUGGCGGCGGUGGCGGUGGCGGUAGCCGUGACGGCGGGACACGCCGCGGCCGCCGCCCCGGACCUGGAACCCGAGCUCGACGUCCUGGUCAACCCGUCGCCGCCGGCCACGGCCGCUGUCGUCACCGAGAACACGCGUGUCCUGCAGGAGCUGCCGGGCUCGCAGGGAACCAUCAACAACAACAGCAACAAUAGUAACAACAACAGCAACAACAAUAACAAGAAGAAGGAGCGGAGGAGGAAGAAGAACCGCAUUCAGGCGACGGAGGCCCCGCUGGCGCCGACGCGCGAGGAGGCCGUGGAGGACGCGCUGGCGGAGGCCACGGGGCGCGGCCGGACGGAGGAGGAGGAGGAGGCGGAGCUGGAGGGCAGAGGCGCGGAGGGCCCCGCCGAGGGCACCGCGGGAGGAGCAGCGACUGGGGGCGAGACGGAAGGCCCGAGCGAGGCGGAGGCGGAGGCGACGGCGACGGCGGAGAUGGCCAAGGCACGCAUCGCCUACAGCCAACCGUGGCUGAACAAGACGUACCGCGCGCGCGACGACUUCAACGCGCGCGGGAUGGAGCACCUGUACCUCAUCACCAACCUGUUCCUCGACCUCGUUCACCGCGAGGAGGAGGUCCCUGAAGAGCUAAGAGCGGUGGUGUCGCAGGAGCUGGCCCAGCCGUCCUUCGACCGGCAGCAGGCCAUGCGCGUCGUCUCGGAGCUGGAGGCCAACUGGGACGUCCUGGUGAUCCACUACAUCGGCCUGGUGUCCCUGGUGGUCCUGGGCGCCCUUAUGGUGGUCGUCAUGCCCUUUAGCGGCCUCGUGUUCGCCUGCUGCCGCUGCGCCGGCCGCUGCGGGGCUCAGGAGCCGCACUAUGACAAGAAGCGCGACCCUUGCAAGCGCGUCACCCUCGGUACCUUCUUAGCCACCCUCGUCGUCGUCAUUCUGCUGGGGCUGGUCUGCACCUUCGUAACCAACGCGAGGAUCGAGGACGGCGUGCAGAAGCUGCCCCGCGAGUUACGCACCGCCCUCCACGACACAAAGCUCUUCCUCAACAACACCGACAGCGAGGUGCAAAAUCUUCUGGUGAGCAACUAUAGAGAACUGCAGGACGUGCUCUUCAACAAGCUGGAUAGCAGUGGUGAAUUGGUGAAGAGUGAGCUGGCACGGGUGACCAAAGCUGUGGCAAUAGACAAUCUGACUGCUAUAGUGACCAGUCUAUCAGCAAUCAAGAAAGACCUCUGGACCAUCAAAAAUACCACACUCCAACUGCAGGACCAGACUUCUAAUCUACAGAGUGGACUUGGUGAUGUUGCUCGCAGGUUGCGUGAGCUUCAGGAGUCUUGUGAGGCAUUGCCAGACUGCCAGGAGCUCAUUACACAAUAUGCUGAUCAACUCAGAAUCAACAAUGAAUUUGACCAGCUGCCUAAUGUUGAAUCAAAAUUGGAUGAAGUCAAAUCACUCAUAGAAAACGACAUCGAAAUAGCGGUGAAGCGAGGCAAGAGAGCCUUCGACUCCAUUGCAACCGAGAUCCAAAAUAAGGUGCAGCGUUCUAUCCCGGAGAUCAAGGCCAAGAUCCUCGAUGCAGGAGGUGAACUGGAGGAUGCAGCAGAGAGCAUCCAUAGAACGUUACAGCGUGUUGACACAAAACCAAAAGAAACGGAAACAUAUAUAAGAUUGCUGCAGGAUGGGAUCAAUGAGUAUGCUAUGUAUAGGUAUUGGGGCUUCAUGGGGCUCUGUAUAUUACUUUUGGUGAUCACCCUCUGCUUCACACUGGGCGUGGUGUUUGGAUGCUGCGGACGGCGACCCGAUGAGGCCUCAUCUUGCCAUAAAGCAACUGGGGCAUCAUGGCUCAUGUGUGGUGUUGGUCUGACAUUCCUGUUCUCGGCCCUAAUCAUGGCAGCAACCACAGCGCUUUUUGUGCUGGGCAGCAUAAGUGAGAUCCUUGUGUGUGACCCCCUCGCUGAUCCUACGCACUCUGAAGUCUUUAAUGCUGCUGCAGAAUUGUACAACCUUAACAGCCAUUAUCCUCCUGGUCAAGCCCCAAGCAUAACUGAGAUUAUCAGCAAGUGCCACAACAACCAGAGUCUGUACUCUGUGUUGAGUCUGAAUCAUGUUGACAGUAACCUCGCCCGACUUCAAGAUUAUAAGAAGAACCUGAAUCUUGAUGAGAAGAUCGAACAGCUGAUGCUUCAAAUCACCGUGGACACCGACGUGGAGAUCCUCUCCCGAAACGCCAAGGAACGUCUGUGGGAACUUGCCAACUCCUCUGUUGCUGACAAGGAUACCUGGGACUAUUACACUGAGAUUCUUGAAAAGAGGGUGUUGAAGAUUGACCUGAUGGACCUAGCAGCUCUGCUUAACCAGACCGCUGAUCAGCUUCCAACUGGCUAUGAUCAGGUUUCAUUCAAACUCAAAAAUGAUGCUCUUUUCCUUGAGGGUCUGCAACGAUGGGUUUCCUCCAUUGGUCACCUAACAAGGAACCUGAACAAGACAACAGCCAGACUCAAUGAACACCUGAAGUUCAAUAAGACCAGCCUGCGUGAGGCCAUUGGCGAUCUCAUCAGCCAGGCAGAGUUUGCUCAGCAGUACCUUCGCAUCAACGGUUCACGAGAGGUCACCGAGCUUGUCGAACGAUUUUCCAAGGAUUUCCUUGCUGACGUGGAUGAAUAUGUUCUGCAUGUGGAAACCGCAGUGGAGAAAGAUGUUGGGCGAUGUGGCCCAGUCUCUACUGUCUAUAAUGCGACGACUUCAUCCCUGUGCAAGGACAUCAUGUAUCCCUUUAAUGGAUUCUGGGCAAGUGUUGGAUGGGUGUUCAUAUUCUUCAUCCCGGCAAUGAUUCUCGCUGUGUAUCUAUCAUCAUUGUACCGCAAGACCGAACCAUACCCUGGACCUCUCAAUGAGUCCCAAGAGUCCAUGUAUGACGCCUAUGCUGAGAGGGACAACAUUCCCCUCACCACCAGUGGGUACGACAAGAAACAGCGCCGCCGCUCCCGAGAAUACGAGGGCCAUGUCGGCAGCAGCUAUGCCACUGACCAAGCGUACGGGGGCUCUCGCAUGUCACCCCCACGGAUAGAGUACACCAACCCCACCGACUGGGCAGACUACCCUCCAGGAGGCGGCCCCCCCCGCUACUCCAGCCAGCCCAGCCUCUCCCCGGAAUACGAAAGACCGCCUCCGUACUAUUACCCCGGGCCAGGAGCAAGACCAACUGCACUAACCUACUGCUCGAACCGACUAGACCUGGACAGUGAUGCAUAGAAGUUACCUGAAAAGUAAAAAUCCCGAGGCUGGUGAUGUACCAAAGUAUGUUAAGCGGAAGGAGACUAAACAUUACAUCCCCUAGGAAAAAAACAAAACAAAACAAAAAAAUAAUGAAGAAAAAAGAUAAUAAUUAGAGGAAGUCACAGGAACAAUUGAUUUAUGCCCUCCUCCCUCCUCCCUCCCCCCCACCCCCCACACACACACACAUCAAGCAGAAUUUUCCAUGUCCCAGUUUCUGAAUCUCCUCUUCCCUUUUACCCCCAUAGCCUUUUUUUUUUUUUAUAUUAUUAUUGUUAUUUCAUUGUAUGACCCGCCGCCUCCCCCCUUAUGAAAUUGAUUGGUGUGCCAGAAUUUUAGCUGUCACACUUAUAACUCUUCUUUUCUGAGGGAUGGUCUUAGAACAUUCCAUACUGACAAAUUACAAAGUAUUCUUUGCCCUGUUUUUUUUUCUGUUUCUCUAUCUUUUUGGUGUGUUUGUGUGUAGAUUUUUUUUUCAUUGUUAUUUCAUCGACUAGAAGAAUGGAGUGAAGCAGAGUUACAAAGACCUAUUUAUUGCAACAUGAUAUCUCCAUGAAGGUGAUGUUGUUUGUUGUCUACAUUUAUAGAUGUAAUAAAAGUAGCAGGACUUAUAUUCAAAGAGAAUUUCAUACCCGUUAAUCAUCUGUGAAUGACUGUAUUCAAACUGCCAAUUUGUGUCUCCCUGUUAAGUGUACGUAGAUUUUCAAGCUUAAAACUGUAGUUGCACAUAGAGAGAAAAGAAAAAAAAAUUGCUUAAAGGAAGACUAGUGCUACAUAGUAUUUAGAGUUAUGAUGAGGUUGGUGGAUCUGUGACCGCAGUGAUAGGAUGAUACCCUCAUGCGAUAGGCCCUUCCCACAAGUAUUCAGAUAUUAGACUCUUUUGUGACUCCCGCUGUGUUGUUAUGAAUGAAGUAAUUGCUUUGAUUCCACAAGGUUACCACUGGAAGAAGAAGCUACUGCUGUUGCUGCUUGGUACUUCAGUAUGUCAGUUCUUACCUAUACAUUGAUGUGGCAAGCAGCCUUUACCCCUUUGUUUCUCUCUGUGUAAAGACAGUACCUCAUUUUCGGUCUUGAGUUGGAGUGCUUACUGGGCAUGUGCGUGCAAGGAAAAAUCAGGACCAUAUUUUGAAGACUGCAAUUGAGACAAGCAAGUGAACGUACAGCUCAGUAUACGAAGAAAACAAAGAGAAAAGAAGAAAAAGGAAGAAAGGAUUUUGUUUUUUAUUGGAAUCCACCGGUCAUCAGAUGAUCUAAAUUGUUGAGAAUAUCUGUGUAUGUAUUCAUGGCAUUGAUUCUCACCAAGUUCUGUUUGUCUUCUGAGAGUGUUAAAGUCUUGAGGCUUGUUUGUUUUGUUUUCUUUAUUGUCUAAUUUUAUAAUCAAUUUAAUGUUAUCACUGAUUACCUUUAGACAAUUUUGUAAAGGACUCCAUUUUACAAGAUUUUGAAAAAUCUGCUCGUUGAAAUGUUCUGGGUGGAGAUUGUGGCGAGACUAGUGAUAUUACGCUUUUUAUUUAACAUGUUGUGAAGGCUCGUUUCCCUUUGUUAUGAGGUAGAAAGGGGAGCCGUAAUUAUCAUAUGUCUUGUGUGAUUGUAUAUCAUUACUCUCCUCACAAUUGCUUUUAGUGAUUGUAUCCAGAAAUAUAAUUACUGUAAUAAUCCUAGGUAUCAUGAUCAUAAGUGUCAAAUGCUACUGUUUAUGGAAGGCACAUCCUUAACUUAGUUUAGUAAGUGAUAUUUGAUACUCAUUGUAUGUUAGGCACAGAUUAAACCCUCCAGCUAGUUAUUUCCAACAGAAGUAAAACAGAAAAAACCUUGUUAUUCCCAGAGUCAUUACUUGAAUAUUGCUGAAAAGUGUGCAUGCAAAAAGAGGUCCUUUUGCAUCUCACUCCCUGUAAAGCCAAUUGGAUUACUGCAACAUUUAUUUUUUAAGUGGGAUAAAUAUUAUGGGAUUAACAUGGUUUGAAUAAUCCCUUUAGCCUAUUAUAAAUGUGAAUUGAAACUUACCAUGUAUAUUUAAUUAAAAACAAGAAAAAAAUUCUAAGUCAGCAGUAAUAGCUUAGACUUCGAGGACCUUUCUACCAUCUUACAAAACAUAUCCUCUCAUUGUGUGCAGAGAUUGUAUCUUGCAGAACAGUAUAAAGUUGUCCAUAUUGUGUUGUUUCCAACCAUCUCCACAUGAAUGAACUGGCUGCGACUAAGAGUGAUAUUGUGUGUGUAUAUUAUGCUAGACACUGCAGACAAGGAGCUCACAAGUGGGCUGUUGUUGUUUUUUUAUUUUAUUUUUUUUUGUAUCAGCAGAUGAUAUGUGGAUUUUGUAACUUCUUGCUGAUUACUUUCUCCCAGCUUUUUUUGAUAAUCACACUGAGUAUCAGUCUGUGUUUGCUUUUAAGGUUUCUUUGUUUGUUCGUUUUUCUUCUCUGAAAAAAGUUGAUGUACAUAAAGUAGUGGAAACAAAGAAUGGUUUCACUGAUUUAUCAUGCCUGUUUAACUGUUGAUAGUAUAAUCGUGUCACUUUUAUUUAAUGAUCAUGAAAGAAUAGUAAAGGCUAUAGAACUGGGAGUUUAUCUGUGAAAUCAAAUCCCUGCACUUGUCUGAGCUUAACCUUAGAUAUCAGUUUUCCUCCAUUCAUAUUGUUCAAGGAAUCCUUUCCUUCAUUUGUGUUCUAUUACUCAAAAUGUAAGAUAUGGAUAGUAUUGCAGUGUACUAUAUUUAGUUAACUUUUUGUAAUAUAUAUAUAUGGAAAUUGAAUAUUGUGAUGGAUAUUCUUCUGUUUUAUUUCAUGAAGGACUAGAAGUAAUGUUAUUUUAUUAUUGUUUUGGUAAAUUUUUUUUACCUGUUCUACAACUGCUUUUAAGAGUUAUUUUCCCAUCACGGGUCAAGUGAACUCCAAGGUCACUCAAUUGUCCGAGAUGCUGUUUUGACCCUGGAAAUUUUUGGUAUAUGCUGCUGCUCACAGCUGCUCUUAAUGGAUGUUAAGUAUGUGAUCAUUCUUUUAAUGCCAUACAUUGUAUUUGCUCACUAAGUUUAACAUUAUUUAUGUAGAUAUCAAACUUUUGAUAUUGUCAGUAUGUUUCCUUUUUUUUUUUUUUUUUU